GUCCAAUCGAUGGGACGCUUCGUCACUGGUGUUUCUGCCGCCUUCACAAGAACAACCAGUUCGAAGGCUUCCUUCCUGGCUUGCCUCGACAUCCUGCCUCUGACAUUGACCGGUAUCACCCAUUUACGAUUCUUCCAUCAGCAUUAAAAGCGUUGCUUGGGCGUGCGAAUGGUUUAUUGAGAUACCAUUUCUAGAAUCGCUGCUCAACAACAACGCAAAGUCGCGCCCAACAGCAUAUUCGAAAACCACCGAUUCGCCCCAUCGAUCGCAAAAAUGUUUUCCUCCGCGCUACAAGAAGGUGGGCCAGCUAAAGGCACACGAAGCAGCCGCCGCCGGCAGCGCCCUGUCAGUUCCGAUACCUCCAUUCAGCAGCCAAAAGCGAAGCGACAAAGGGUGCCCCUGGCUGAAACCACGAUUGCGAACCCCGAUACACCGCCCGAGACGUACGAAGUCAAACCGGACAAAAUCGACAUAACAUCAGCGAAGCGCGAUGGCCUGGAAAAUGUUGGCGCGCCGCGCAAGGAACUCAGCGUGCGGUCAAAGAAGCCAAAAGUUGGCGAGAGGCAUAGCAAGGGCGAUGGGAGCAUUGUUUUGACAACAAAUAAUGCGUUCACCGUGAGCAAGUUGCCGGCGCUACCAGACAGACUCCGCGCAGACGCGCAAAGUAAAGCCGAGACACCGGUGCCCCCUAAGGGAGGGAUGUUUCGUGGGCCUGCGUUGCUGAACUCGUCAAAAGAUCGGCAGCAUGGAGCCGUCUCCUCGUCCAGCGGUUACGCUCUGAGCCUCACACAUACCCACGCCUUUGUAUGGCCCUACACCUCGUCGACGUUUUCCCCGGAAACAUUCAUAUUUACCCUCCCGUAUCCCUCGAAGCAUGCCUCGGACCCUCUCCCGCUUGGGUCCCUGGUCACCCCAGCGGCUUCUUCAGACGAGCCCGGCCUUGUCAUUGUCAUGCCCAUGAGCGGUAAAGUCGCAUACUGGGAGUCCAUAUCGAGCGCAGCUACCCUCGACUUCAUCCGCCAACAACGGUCCGGUGUCGAGGAUUCAAUUUCCGGGAUGUACUCCGGGGAGCAUGUCACUCAGAUCGUCAACGCCGAGUCCGCCGGAUUCGUCUUGGUCUUCAGCACUGGGAGGAUGGCUUGCAUGAACGUGAGGGAUGUACACGGGCGGCCUGGGAUUUCGAUACAGUUCCUACGCAGCGGUCUGGGCGGCAAUGCACUGGGCUUCUUCAGCACGAUUCGUCAUGCCUUAACUUCGGCCGCCUUCCGGGGCGAUAUUGCUGCUGCACGGACCAGCUACGGGUCACAUGUCGGAGAGCGUGUGGUGGUUGCUGCGACAUCCAAGGGACGAAUGCACUCCUGGAAGAUACACCGUGGCGGUCAUCACGAGCUUGUCGCCGAUUUCGACAUGCGAGAACGCUUGAUUGAAGCAGUUCAAGAAGCGGACCCUGCGGUCGGCAACCUCUCGCAGGAUACAUUCGAGGUUCUCGACUUUACUUUUGUCCCUCGAGGGUUGGAACAAAAGUACAUCAACGCCAGCAGGUUGAGCGAGGCCCUGAUUCAUGAAGAGGCUUCCUUGCAACAUGUGUUGCUUCUGGUAUCAUUUUCAAAACAGCAUCAAUCUCGAUACUCACUCGUGGAGGUCGUCAUAGGCCCCGAAGGGCCUCGGGUUGGAAUGGUCCGGCCGGUAACCUCAUACACCAGCCCCGUCAGGCCCAGCGCCCCAGAGAAGCCUCGGGUAUAUCUGCCACGACCUGCACUUGUUGCAUUCGUCGUAUUCGACAGGGCUGUGGUUCUCGCCUCCAUGGUCGCACCGCCCGACUCCCCAGACUCACAACUGCAGGAGGAUAGUCACAUAAUACCGCCCACCUUUGAGGAUGUGGUGGAUUUUCGGGACGAGGAGACUUUGCAAGUGGUUGGAUCCGGCUUCGAGGAGCCCAACAGCAGCGGGAAUUCAAAGGACGACCUACGACCGCACCGCCACAAAACAAAAAAUCCCACAGUGGUGCUCCUACUUCAAGGUGUGGGGACGGUUAGGAUUGCGGUUACCGAUGUUGACCGAUUCGCGAGCGAUGCACCACCACAAGUUACUGCAAAGAGCAAGCUGGAACAGGCUGUGUUCUUUGGAGUAAAGAGGGACAAUCCCUUGGUUUUCCAAGGAAGGAGAGAUCUUCCCUUCUCCAACCAAGAGCUUGGAAACGCAGCGAUCGAGUUGAGCCACGAAAUCGUGAGCUCGAAGACACCGUUCAUCGCUAAUUUGCCGGCGUCUUUGGAAAACAACAUGAAGAGCAGAGUUGCCUACUUGGACGGACUGAUCUCCCAUCUCAACUCGCUCCAUGUCGACUUGGAUAUGCGCACACGAUGGAUGCUGCUUUACGAUGCGGAAAAGAUGGCUGUUGCUACAUGGAUAUGGAAAAAGCACGAACAGUUCCUCGCGGAGCGUCUCAAGGGAGACAAGAAGACUCUGAUCUCCGAGACAGCUGUCUACAUCAAUGAGCACCAGAAGACGGAACUAAAUCCGGCAGUUGGGCAGGUGGACCCCGUGCGUCACUGGUUCAUCAACGACGUGUGGAGGUUGGAUAUCUUCGUUGCGUGGGCUUAUCAAAUCAUCAAGUACUAUUUCACCGAGCGGUUAGCGGACGAGGCGGGCAUCAACCGACUGGUCUGGGAAGCUGUCACGGUCAACAACGGAGCCCUGUUCGAGGCACGCCAGUUCCGGCUCAUCAGAGGAAGCCAAUACGGCGUCAAUCCCAAGAAGCUGGCCGGCGGCAAUGCGAUUCCCGAACCCUGGACAGCAACUUACUUCAUCACCAACAACCUCAAGCGACUAGUCGAGUUCUCCUACCAAUGGCUUGAGAGAUACUCAGGUCAACCCCCAGAGGAGAACUCUGUUGACCUCCGUCUGGUCGACUCGGUUCGGCAUCUUCUACCUUCCUUGACCAGCCAGUACCUCACGUCUCUCACAGAAUUCUCCACCUGGGCCGCUCUAAGUGACGAUGCGCAAGCCCAGGAGCGUGGCAGAACUUACCAGCAGACCUACCAAGAAGACAUCUAUACGAAGAUCCUCAGGUUGAAAGAUUUCGACUUGUGGGACGAGGCCGUCGAACUCGCGAAGGAGUACAUGGCCUUCGACUCGCUCGCUGAGAUCAUGGUACAGCGGAUACUGUCACUGCAACAGGCCGCUGUGGAGAGCAACACAACCGACAGUGCGGCGCAGGAAAAGCUUGAACUGGCCAACCUCAUGAAGGAAAAGAUGGGCCACCUGUUCGAUGCAUACGAGGAGAACUUUGCAUUCCGCGCGUACGAGGUUCUUCUCGAGAACAGCGGCGUCCAGGCUGUGCUGGACUUCCCUUACGACAGAAACGGCUACGCAACCAGAUUCCUCCGGACCAAGCCCGAACUUGCCAAGAUCUCCUGGAUCAACGACGUCGAGAGAGAGAAGGACAUCGAUCAUGCGGCCGAGACCCUGCUGAACCUAGGCCUUACACGCGAGCAGCAGGUCUGGAACAAGAAGAUCGAGCUGAGCUUAGGCAAGUUAGCGCUGCUGGCUGAAGAGGCCGAGCAGUCUGCCAACGGCGAUGGCGGCAGCAGUGUCCCGUCUGAAAAUGAGGCAAAGAACGGCGCCAACAUCGAAAAGAUCGACCACGCGCUGGAGCUCAUCAAAAUUCAAGACGCGCUCUAUGGCCAAAUUUUACCCACUGUCCAAGAAGGGGUGGAUGAGUCGGCAGAGGUGGAACUCGCUGUGAAGGAACACGGCGUCCUGAUCCCGAAGAGGCAGAAGGCACUUCACCAGGUCUUCGAGGACAGCAUGUCACGUCUACUCAGGCACGAAGCGCUACAGCCGCACACCCUGAUUGACCUACUUACCCUGGCGGCAUUACCUUCCAAUCACUACGAUACCAUCGGAGACCAAUUCUACCUUGCACUCAAAGUCGCGAAGUACGGCCUCAAGGGCGAGGAACGCUCUGAUGCAGAACGGUUGAUCUGGCGGCGGUGCUUCGUCCGCGACGACUGGAAGCGCGUCAACGAGACCAAUGACAAAGGCGACCUGGAUCAGCUCGCAACGGUGGGCGAGACGGCGGCGUACCACACCCUGUUCGCCGUCAUUGACGAGCAAUACUCCGACCCGCGAUUCAAUCCCUUCGUCAAACCCUCCGAUGCGCUCGGCGUUUUCACAGAGACUGUGGAUCGCCGCUUCGAUGGCAUGGACGACGGCUUCCGCAACAAGCUGCUCGACGCCAUGCGCUGGGAGGACACCAGGUUGCGCACCUUCGUCGAGAAGGCACAGCUCGAGGCUUGGUAUAGGACGACGAAAGAGUGUGCCGAGAAAACGGUUGCCGUGACGUAUGAUCGGUUGACGGCCGCCAAGAAAGCCGCGGCCGCGCAAGUGCCGCAGGCCACUGGGAACCGGAGUGCUACUGAAGGUGGGCUAGGGAAGUUUGUCUUGGGCGAGACGGAGAAGGGGAUGAUGAUGCCGGGGGGCUUGUUUGCGAUGUGAGAGCGUGGCCUGGGGACAUGCAUGUCUCAUGGGGUUUCGUGUUUAUGUUUGGGGCAGAGGGAGCGGAUUUGGAUGGGAUGGGCUAACGCCACUGUCUCUAUGAGGAGAAAAAAAGGUGUAGGAGCCAACGGUUAUCCUCUCGCUCUGCUUUCCCUUCCCUUUGUUGCAGAGGAUGGGUAAACUGUAUUAGUCUUGUUGAUAUAGCUCGUUUUGGGAGGCUUUCUGACGACAUUUCAUGAACCACGGCAGCUCUGUGCAGGGCUGACUUUUAUUAGCCUUGAUGGCUGAGGACACAAGGGGAAGCUUUGUUGCGUUGCGCGUGCCUUUUCUGCUUCUCCAUUCCCCUACGUAGAGCAGUGCCCUUCCCAAGAGGUCUGGCUCAAUGUCGCCUUGUGAAGGUGGUGAAAAAAAAAA